GGCAGCUGUAUAUAAGGCCAGACCCAGACUGAAACCCAGAGGAUCUCUCUGAGCUGCUCAAUUCUUUUUGGUAACAAGAAUGCUGCGGUACGUUGUGACCCUCUGCCUUCUGGCGCUGUCCUGGGCACAGGACUUACCGAACUGCCAGGUAGCCAACAUCCAGGUCAUGCAGAACUUCGACAAAACCAGGUAUGCAGGGACAUGGUAUGCCGUGGGGAAGAAGGAUCCAGAGGGUUUGUUCCUGCUUGACAACAUCGUGGCCCAGCUCAACAUCGGAGAAGACGGCAAAAUGACAGCCAGCGCCGAGGGCAGAGUCAUCAUCCUCAACAACUGGGAAAUGUGUGCCCACAUGUUGGCCACCUUCGAGGACACCACCGACCCUGCCAAGUUUAAGAUGAAGUACUGGGGAGCUGCAGCCUACCUGCAGACUGGAAAUGAUGACCACUGGGUUAUCGACACCGACUACGACAACUACGCAGUCCACUACUCCUGCAGGCUUGUCGACUCUGACGGCACUUGCUUAGACAGCUACUCCUUCAUCUUCUCCCGUCACGCGACUGGCCUGAGGCCGGAGGACCAGGUCAUCGUCACCCAGAAGAAGCAGGAGCUCUGUUUGCUGGGCAAAUACAGACGCGUUGCUCACUAUGGCUUUUGCAAGAGCAGCGGAUCUCUUGACCAACAGUAACACUCUGGGACUUGACGCCCUUCUUCCGAGUCGCCUCUACUGUCUCCAUCCUGAGAGAGAAAACGGACCAAUCUUCCUUAAAAAAAUAAACUAAAAAUGUAAACUAUAAAGGUGUCAAAUUUACACGAGUAUACUGUAAAAAGAAAGAUGUCUGUCGUUGUUACUAGUUAAUUGUCAGUUCCUCCAAAUUUCCACAGUAAUAGAGGAGUUCAAAUUAGUCUUAUCCUCGUAAUCUGUUGCAUGUUGUUGUGUUUUUUUUUUUGUAUAGGAACUGCAGAAUUGUGUAAAACUAUCUCAGUUAUGGGAACCAGUGGAACUUUUCCAGACAAUGUGACAAAUAAUCAGUUGUGAAAAUCUCCUUUAAAGUGAACCUGGACCCUCAGCAGUACCGCAGCUCUGGAUUGUAACCACCGUGUUUACUCGAAAAGAAAAAAAAAAACAGGUCCAUAAAUCACUGGCUUUGCUUUUACACUGAAGGACGCACAGUAUCUUGUAGCAUAAAAGUACAUAUUGUUAAUAAAGCCUUAAAGAUGCACAUGUGCUUUUUCAUGUGCUAUAAAUACAGGCAUACAGUAGCAGUUUGGUUGUUUCUUAAUUAUAUGAUGUGUACUUCUUGCUCCAGUUUUUGAAAUAAAACAUUCAUACCGUG